AAAGCUGGAAAGAGAACUUGAGCUGGGAGAAGGGACAGAAGAAAGCCGGGGAGCCUGUACUGAUUGAGAAGGAAAAGCUUGCCUUCCAGGGAACAACGAAGGGCUGAGCCGGCCCUAGAGAGGGAGACGGAGACAGGGCAGGGCUCUAACUGCCGCGUGUAUGCGGGGGCGGAGAAGAGGGCGCCGUCGUCGCCGUCGCUACCGUCCAGACCAUGGGCUGACCCUCACGGGCCGUCGCCCCGGGCGCCCAGCAUGUCGGUGCACUACACCCUCAACCUGCGCGUCUUUUGGCCUCUGGUGACCGGCUUCUGCACCGCCCUAGUAUGCCUCUACCACGUCCUGAGCGGAAGGGGCGGCCCCACCGCGCCCCAGGACACCGAGGACGCCGGCUUCCCGCUGCUCAAAGCCAUCCUCUUGCUAUUCUUGGGCUACCUCCUCUUGCGCUUUCGCCACGCUGCUCGGCAGCGCUUCCUACGCCGCGCUCCCCACCAGGGGCUCGCAUCAUCCUCUUCAAGACUCCUCCGCGAGCCUGGCCUCGAUGUUUUACUGGAGAGUUACUAUGAGCACGAAGUUCGUCUGUCUCCUCAUGUGCUGGGCCACAGCAAAGCGCAUGUGAGCCGCAUCGUGGGGGAACUUGUCCGUGCUGGUCGGGCCCGGGGAUCUCCAGGCCCUUCCCCGGGGGGAACCCUAGCUCUGGCCUUCCGGGGGGACUUUGUCCAGGUGGGCAGUGCCUACGAGCAACACAAGAUCCGCCGGCCUGAUGGCUUCGACGUGCUCGUUCCCUUGCGCCUCCCUCCUCUGGUGGCGCUGGAGCCUAGGGGCCUGGGGGCGGAGCCCGAGUUACCCUUGGCACUUCGUGGCUGCUUCGUGUGUGCCCUCAAGGCCCCACCAUCCUCUCCUUCAGGUGGGGCUGGAAGCCAGUGGCACCGGGACUCCAAACCUUUCUCCGACGGCUUCUGCGUGGACCUGCGCGGCAGGCGCCACCUCUCUGCGGCGCUAGUGUCGCGCUGGUUCCAGGCGCACUUGCAGCGAUGCCUGGCCACGGUACGGUACAGUUUGGAGGAGCGUUGUAGGGUCAGCUUGUCUCCUGGGGGCCUCGACCAGCCGCCCACUCUGCACAUCCUACCUUGCCGCACCGACUACGGCUGCUGCCGACUCUCCAUGGCAGUUCGACUCAUCCCCGCUGUACAUCUGGGCGAUGGCGUCUUCCUAGUUGCACCACCGCUAUCUCCCCAUGGGUUCUCGUCGGAACUUCCCGGAGGGCUCCGGGCCGAGGCGCUGUGGGGAUUGAACACAGCCCGCCAAGAGCAGCGACUGCUGGCCUGGCUGCAAGAACGAGCCCCACCUGGGGCCUGCCACCUUAAAUGCCUGCAGCUGCUAAAGGCACUGAGGGAUCUGGGCGCCCGAGGGCUGGACCCUGUGGCCUCAUCUCAGUGGGGGCGCAUCCUGUCGUCUUAUACGCUCAAAACUGCGCUUCUGACGCUGCUGCUGCGUGGGGACCCUCUGCACUGCUGGGAAGAGGUCCGCUUGAGAGAGCGGCUGGAGGAGCUGGUGCUCUACCUGCGGGACUGCUUGCUCCGCCACCGCCCGCUUUUCCAUUGUCUUCUGGGCCCGGACAGGGCCGUGGGACUCACCCUCGAAGUGGGCCAGCUGCCCAAAGUGUUGCGCGAAGCCGCCCCAGUUGACCUAUUGGCCGCCUUCGACGGGCGCGCCCGGGAGUUCGUGGCAGCGCGUCUGGUGUCCACGUGGCGUCGGUUACCCCAACUUCUUCGAACCUACGGAGGACCCCGCUACCUGGCCAGGAGCCCCCAACCCCGGAGCCCGAGGGCCCAAGGUUUCCCGGAACACGAUCCCUAA